AACCAAAAGUGAAACUGAAAGUAAGAAACUCAUCCGUUGCUGACGGUUAGCUGGCAGUUAGGACACACACGUUAAAAAGGCAUUUCAGCAGAAAACAUGACUCAUAUUUUGAAGUAUAGUACUACAAACAGGACCAGACCCAGCCUUUUCCAGCCUGAGGGGGACAUGUUGGGGCCGGUGUGGUGCGGGGUGGCCAUCCUCCUGCUGGACUGGACCCUGAGUGCUGCUUUUUGGGCCGUGCUUCUUCAUCUGGGAUGCCCCGGCUGUGGGGGUCUGGCCGGACUCUGGGCCUUCGGGGCCUUAAAGUGGGUCCUCCUGGAGGUCUCAGUGUCCGCGUUGGGGGCCGGGAGGGCUGAGCUCCACAGGUUCGUGGCUCUGCUUUGCCUCCUUCGUCCGGUUCUCGAAGUCGGCCGGACCCCGUUGGCCGGACCCCCGGGGCCUCACGGAGAGCCGGGCGCCGACCUCAGCAUGCUGCUUUUGGGGGGUGGGUCCUCCGUGUUUGCCUGUCUGGUUUGGGAGAAGCUCUCUUCUGGGGGCGAAAAGAAACAAAACCAGCCGGAUACGAAGCGGAUUCUCAUGAGGGUCCUGACUUACUUCAAACCCGACACGCUCCACCUGCUGACAGCUUUCACUUUCCUCAUUAUUGGGGUCAUCUGUGAUACUUACAUCCCUUUGUAUCAGGGGAAGGUCAUCGACCAACUCAGUGGUCAAACGCUGCACGCCAGCUUCGGCUCCACACUCGGCCUCCUGGUGCUUUUCUCUGUUGGGAGCGCCGUGUUUUCCGGGAUGAGAGGAGGCGUGUUCAUGUGCGCCCUCUCCAGGCUGAACCGGAGACUCAAGCUCCUGCUGUUCCAGCGCCUCCUGCAGCAGGAGGUGCACUUCUUCGAGGAGAACAACCCGGGGCGCCUGUCCUCCCGCCUGCACAGCGACGUGGACCGGAUGGGCCUCACCGUGGCGCUGAACGCCAACGCGGCGGUGCGCAGCUCGGUGAAGACGGUGCUGAUGCUGCGGGUGAUGCUGGGCCUCUCCUGGGAGCUCAGCCUGCUCACCUGCGUGGAGAUGCCGCUCCUCGCCUUCCUGCAGAGCAAGUACAUCUCUCUGUCCAAGGAGCUGAAGGAGCAGACCCAGGAGUGCCACGCUCAGCUCAAAGACCAGGCCUCCCAGACCAUCGGCGGGAUCCAGACCGUCCGCAGCUUCAGGGCGGAGGAGGGCGAGCUGAGGAGGUACCGCCUGGCUCUGGACCAGCUCUGCGCCAUUAAGAGGCGUUCAGGGAUCUACAGCGCCCUGUUCCUCAUCAUCAGGAGGAUAGUGACCGUGGGGAUAAAGAUCCUCAUGCUGAUGCAGGCUCGGAGCCUUAUCUCCUCCGGCCGGCUGACCACCGGCAGCCUGCUGUCCUUCCUCCUCUACCAGAAGCCCAUGUCCAACAACCUGAGGGAGAUCCUGUACUGCUAUAGAGAGACGGUGUCCACAGUGGGAGUCAUCUCUAAGGUGUUGGGGUACCUGGACAGGAGGCCCCGGACCCAGCCGGAGGGGGACCUGGCCCCCGAGCAUCUGGAGGGCCGGGUCCUGUUCCAGAACGUGUCCUUCAGCUACCCCUCCGCCCCAAACAAACCAGCUCUGAAGGACGUCUCGGUGGAGCUGCAGCCGGGGAGGAUCACGGCCCUGGUGGGUCCUUCCGGCGGCGGGAAGAGUUCCUGCGUCGGCCUCCUGAAGAGGCUUUAUGAGCCGGGAAACGGGAGGAUUCUGCUGGACGGGGAACCCCUGCACCAUUACAGACACAAGUACCUCCAGCAGAAGAUAGCGCUGGUUUCCCAGAAUCCCACGCUGUUCUCCGGAUCCCUGCGCUCCAACGUGGAAUACGGGCUGCCGGACUGCCCCCCCGAGAGGGCCGUGGACGUCGCCAAGAGGGUCAACGCCCACGCCUUCAUCUCUGAGAUGGAACACCAGUACGAAACAGAUAUCGGCGAGGGCGGAGGCAGACUGUCCGCGGGGCAGAGGCAGAGCGUCGCCAUCAUCAGAGCUCUGGUCCGAGACCCACAGGUCAUCGUCCUGGACGAGGCCACCAGCCGGCUGGAUGUGGACUCACAACACGCUGUUCUGCGGGAGGUUCUGGCCCGCGGCCGGACGGUUCUGCUGGUCACGCACCAGCUGAGCACGGCGGAGCGCGCCCACCGCAUCCUGGUGAUGGAGGACGGGUCCGUGGUGGAAACCGGAACCCACAAGGAGCUCAUUUCCAAAAAGGGACGCUACUAUCGACUGAGCAGGGACCGCUCCCAGGCAGCCGAGGGAGGACCGUAAAUCCACCGUAAAUCCACCUUAAAUCCACCCAAACGGACUCAUGUUUUAAAUCCACCAAACGUGCACGACUCGAAGGAUUGUAUGGACACAUAAUAUAUUUCUCAUAUAUUUCUCAUAUGUGGUGUUUUUUUUUUAAGAUUUAGUCUUUUUUUCUCUCUUUGGCAUCCUGUAAUUUAAAACUAAAGGAAAAACCUGCAUGUUUUCAUGUGUUUUCAAACAAAAGACGGACGUGUUUACACUAGAAACACAUUUUACUGGCUUAAAUCAUGACACAUUUUACUAAUUGUGGUUUAGAAGAAGGCUGGUAUCGGACUCACAAUGACAGAAAACUUCAUCCACGUGUGAUUAAAUCUGAAUAUUAUCUUUUGGUGGGAAUCUGAGCAAAGUUAACCAACAAAAACACACAUCAGGAGACUAAAUUAUGUCAGAAAAUCUUUCUUUUUUGGACUCACACAGAUGUACAAAAUCAUUAAA